UUUACUUUGCAAUGGAGCAAUUGAAGAAGCUGAAGACUUCCUCUGAUGAAUCAUCAACUGCUUCUUCUUCUUGGGGACAUAACAUCAGUUUCAAGCGUGAGAAAAUGGUGGAAGUGAAGGAGGAACCAGUUUCUUCACGGAAAAUUCAAAAGGCAGAAAGAGAGAAGAUACGUAGAGAUAAGCUCAAGGAACAGUUUCUUGAGCUCGGAGAUGCACUUGAUCCGAAUAGGCCUAAGAGCGACAAAACUUCGAUUAUCAUUGACACAAUACAAAUCCUGAAAGAUCUAAUGACCCAAGUAGAUAGACUCAAGGCUGAGUACGUCGCACUCUCUGAAGAGUCUCGUGAGGUUGAUGACUGAUUGAUUUAACUUCUCAAUUUCUCUUAUUAUUAUAGAUUCUACUUGUUUUCAUCAUCUUCUCCUUUGUUAUGAACUAUUGCUAAGCAGCUAAUACAAGAGAAGAGCGAGCUGAGAGAAAAACCAUAAUAUGCAAUUACCAUUUAAGGGCAUGCA